AUGGACGUCCACUUGCUCGUAUACGACCUCUCCCGGGGCUUGGCCCGUCAGAUGUCGGCAGGACUUCUCGGUUUUCAGCUUGAUGCCAUCUAUCACACAUCAAUCGAGCUGAAUGGUCGGGAAUACGUCUACGAUGGCGGCAUCAUUGCCAUUGCCCCCGGCUCAUCACACCUUGGCCAGCCCAUGGAGAAGAUACACCUUGGCACUACAAACUUGCCCAUGGACGUGAUAGAAGAGUUCCUUGACUCUCUUAGACCCAUCUUCACACUAGAGGCCUAUGACCUCUUCCAUCACAACUGCAACAACUUUAGCGACUCAUUCUCAAAUUUCCUCAUCGGAAAAGGAAUUCCGGAACACAUCGUCAAGAUGCCUCAAGCUGUCCUCGACUCACCCAUGGGUCGCAUGCUGCUUCCCCAGCUCACUCAGGGAGUCAAUGCUGGGAGGCAAAACGGCUCCAUCCUCGGCCUUCAACAAAGCGCCCAGACACCCGCGGCUCCAAAGCACAGCGUCAAGAAUGUCACCAAUCUUGCCGAGUUUAAUCGCCUAAUGGAAGCUGCAAGAAGCUCAUGCGCGGUCGUUUUCUUCACUUCAGCGACAUGCCCUCCCUGCAAGCUUCUGUACCCGACAUACGACGAGCUCGCCCAAGAGGUCGGGGACAAAUCCACGCUGAUAAAGAUUGAUAUAUCCAAGCCCCAAGCACAUCAGAUUGCCAGUCAGUACUCCAUCAGCGCCACGCCAACCAUAAUCACAUUUCUACGGGGAGAGCAGGAGAAUCGAUGGUCUGGAGCCGACCAAGCUGCUCUUCGCGGGAAUGUCAAUCUCCUCGUCCAGAUGGCCUUUCCACUUCAUCCACAUGAGAAGCUUCGCCUUCCAACCUUUGCAAACCCUGAUGCAAAGCCAGUCCUCUACUCCAAGGUUCCCCCUUUAGAUAAGCUCCUAGCCAAGAUGGGCAAUGAGGUGGCGAGCAAGCCUGAAGUGAAGGCCCUCAAGCAGUAUCUUGAGGACCGCGCCAAGGAUGGGCCUUCAAGUGCCGUUGUUCCUGAGAUGAGCCACCUGUCGAGUCUUGUGAAGGACUCAGUCUCAUCACUACCGAUUAACAUUCUCUUUACGAUUGUGGACUUAUUCAGGUGUUCCCUAUCUGACCCCAGAGUCAGCGGCUUUUUCGCCGAGGAAAAGGGUCACGAGACUGUCAGGGCUGUUUUGGACCUUGUCAACAAGCAGACAGAGUGCCCUUACGCACUACGCCUCGUUACAGUGCAGAUGGCCUGCAACUUCUUCUCGACGCCUCUAUUCCCUGAUGAAAUCAUGAAAGACAGCAAUCUACGCUCAGCCGUCAUUCUAUUGGUCUCGUCUAGCUUCCUCGAUGAAGGCCAUAACAACGUGAGAGUUGCAGCAUCAUCCCUCCUCUUCAACUUGUCUCUAGCGAAUCGACGGGCCAGAAAGAACUCAAAGCCAACUCUCUCCGGGGAUGACGAGCUAGAGCUGGCAGCGUCCGUCGUGGAGGCCAUCACACUAGAAGAGCAAUCAGCAGAUGCGCUGCAUGGCAUGUUGCUAGCUUUGGGACAUCUCAUCUACGGCACAGCUCUUGAUGGAGAACUGCCUGAUCUUCUUCAGGCAGUGGGGGCGGAGGAUAGCAUUCUGGCCAAGAAGUCCAAGUUUCCGGAUGAGAAGCUCAUCACAGAGGUCGGUGCAGAGUUGCUAGGCAAAGGGUUACGGAAGCCAUGA